AUGGUACGACUGUACGAAGCUUGCAUGGAUCGAGAGGAGCAAGAACAACAUCUUGAAAUUUUGCGAGAAAUUUUCUUCAAUGAAAUUCGCAAUAAUCCAGAUGUGCUAAUAAAAGCUAGAUCAAAUUAUGAUGCUGAAAAAUGUGCUCGCGGAUUGUAUGAAAUUGUUAAGGAACCUUUAACACUUGAGGUGUUACCUUUUUUUGAUUCAUGGGGGAAAUUCCCAUCUGGAAUUUUAGUAGGCAACGUCUAUGAUAUUGGAAACUUUGAUCAAUGCGUCAAGACAUCAGUUAAAUUCAAUAAACUGCCCGAUAAUGUCAAUGGACAGUUUUGUUUUGCACAAAUUCCUUUGAAAAACAUAUUAGGACAGUCUGAAAGUAUUCCAGUUUUCAACGAUGGACCGGUUAUACAAUCAAGAGCAAGUUUGUCUGAAUUGGAAUUGAAUAUUGGAAUAUGCGUUCCAGAUAGUUGCAGUGCUGAUUUUGUGACAACAGUUUUUAAAAUUGCUCUUGCCGAAUAUGGUUUGCAAGAAGCCUUCUCAGGCAUUAAUGUACAUUGGUGUACAGAUGGAAAACCUCCACCAUACAAACCAGUUCAUUAUAUUGGAGUAAUUAUUUUUGGGAUUUUUGGAGUUCUUAUGCUUUUGAGUUCGGUGUAUGAAUUUUUCAUGAAUUUCUUUAAUAAGACUCCUGUUCCGGUUCUAUUGGCAUUUUCUGUCAUAACAAAUGGCAGAAAAUUAUUUGUUAUCAAUACAAAAAGCUCGCCAAAUGUGAUAAGUUGCCUUAAUGGAAUUCGUGUAUUUUCAAUGGCAUGGAUAAUGUCAUGUCAUACAUAUAUGACAUUACAAAUGAUUCCAGCCAUCAAUGUAUUGGAUAGUAUUCCGUGGUUGAAAGGAUUUUAUUCUAUGAUUUUUAUAAAUGGAACAGUUGCCGUUGAUUCUUUCUUUUUCAUUAGUGGCCUUCUAAUUGCUUGGCUUGGAUUCCGUGAUAUGGACAAAACAAAUGGAAAAUUAAAUAUAAUCAUGAUGUAUGUCCAUCGGUAUAUCCGACUUACUCCUCUUGUUGCUGCCUCUCUUCUUUACACCUUUAGUGUAAACGAACUGAUUUAUACAGGCCCAUUCAGAGAGAAGACACUUGGUACAGAUAAUUGUACUCCAGAAAAUUGGUGGCCAAUUCUACUCUAUAUUCAAAAUUAUUUCAUCCAUGAACCUGAAUGUUUUUCAAGAUCCUGGUAUUUGGCUAUUGAUUUCCAACUUUAUAUCUUUGCACCAUUCCUUUUGAUUGCCACCUGGAGAUGGGGUAAAAAGUUUAUUCCUGUUUUGGUUGCGCUGUCUCUAAUGUCAAUAGCUUGUGUGAUGACAAUUUUUAUAACAAACGGUUACACUAACUUAAGAUCAUUCAAGACAUACAUUCCCAUGCACACAAGAUGCUCUCCAUGGCUUGUUGGCUUUGGAUUGGGAUAUUUCAUGCAUCUAAAUCGUCAAAGGACCUUCCACUUGUCAAGGAUUUUCCAAAUUCUAGCUUGGCUAGCAAGUGCAUUUGUUAUGAUGGCUUGUGUUUUUGGACCUUAUUUCACGAUGAGCACUCGAGGUAAUGGAACUGUCUUCGAAGCUGCCAUGUUCGAGGGAUGGAAGCGAGUUGCCUGGGCUAUUGCAUUGUCUUGGAUAACAUUUGCGUGUCAUUUUGGAUUUGGCGGAGUGGUAAAUGGAAUUCUAUCGCAUCCAUUUUUACAGCCAUUGGCAAGAUUGACAUAUUCAUUGUAUCUGAUACAUUCGUUUGUCUUGAGAGUUAAUUUUGGCAUGUCACGAACUGAGAUACGUUUUUCUGAUUAUGAUGCGAUGCUACAUUUCUGGAGUACGUUUGGAAUUUCAACAACGUUUGCAAUUAUUUCAACGUUAGCUUUUGAAUCGCCAAUUUUAAUUUUGGAAAAGUUUAUAUUUGGUCAAACGGAUAAGAAAAAAUUGCCUGUGGCUGAACCUCAACGUGUUACUUUUGCUAGUCAGCCUAAUAGGCAAGUGUAUUAGUUGAAAU